AUUGUACGGGGAUUUCCUAAUCGAACACGACCAUUCGGAACGGUCGCGUUUCGAACGGUCGUAAAAACAGUCCGUUUUCAAUUUGACAGCUGAAACUGUCAACCCUGACAGAUUUACACAGAGUUUGUCGUCAUCAUUUUCAAAACAAUGUCGUCUAAGAUUUGACUGUGGCAAAGAUUUUUUAUUCAAAUCAAGAAGUUUACGCAAAAAACGGAGAAAAUGAAAGUUUCCGACGAAAAUGUGAUCAUAGAAAAUGUGCGACAUCGAAGGGCCAGCAGCAAUACAAAAUAUCACUGCUUGUAUGGCUAUUACUUUCUCGGAUUGUCACGGGCGAAGCUGUCCACAAUCUAUCAGAAAAGCAAAUCUACGAUAAGUUUGUGGAUAGUGGAUUAUGAGCGGAAUGGUGCUCUUAACACCAGUAAACGGCAGACUGUCUUCCGGAAAUUUGACCAGGACAAACGGAACUGGUUGGUGAACCUGUAUUUGAAGAAUCCCAUCUUGUACCUCGAAGAAGCCCGGCAGCAGUUUGCCAUUCAUUUUGGAGUUUCAAUAAGCGCUUCGUCCAUCUGCAAGAUUCUUCAUGCGAACGGAUUGUCCUGGAAAUCUUUAGAAAGAAGAGCCAUUCAGAUACGUCAGACCGACAUUGAACGCUAUAUUGAGGAGCUAAAGUGUUUCCCGUGGGAUCUCCAUCAACUAAUUUUCUUGGACGAAGUUGCGUUUGCAAAUCGAGAGCUUACUAGAAACCGAGGCUAUGGAAUUAAAGGACAGCGGUUAGUUUUUCGAGGAGAGUUCUGCCGGAAGCCAAGAGUUUCCUGUCUUUGCUUUUUAGGGCAAAAGGGACUUGUUGAGUGCUUCGAAACCGAAGGCACUUUUACGCGACGCAAUUUUUUUGAAUGCUGUAAAAAAAUGGCUCUGUCAAAUGGAAACGUUUGGUCAUAUCCAGGAAAGCACUCGAUUUGGAUAAUGGAUGGCGCGAAAAUCCAUUGUGACGCCAAUAUUAUCCAAUAUUUGCGAUCCUUGGGUGUAAUACCGAUUUUCCUGCCAGCAUACUGUCCAUUUUACAACCCAAUAGAGGUAAUAUUUGGACUAGUUAAAAGAUAUUUGAAAAAGACUUACAAAGAAAAUGAUAAAACUCCAUUAUCAAACAUUGUUUUAACUGCACUGACAAAAUUCACUGCGUACGACUGUUCUAAGUUGUUUUCAAAAUGUGGGUACCUUGCCGGAGGGAAAUUUGAUGCUUCAGUGGCCACCUAAAUUGAGCAAAC